GGUUUUUUUAAUUUAUUUAUUUAUUUAUUUUAAUAUUUAAUAUUUUUUAUACUUAAAAAUGACAUGGAAGAUGUCAUGGCAGCUGACGUGGGGCGAGUGUGUUACACUCUCCAAAAACGUAUUUAAAAUAUUGUUUUUUAGUGGAUUAAGGGUCCAGAUGACAAACAUGUAAGUAGGAGUAUCUAUAUUACAAAACAGACAUAGUACAAGGGUCUAUCAAGCUAUUUCGUCAAAUUUAUAUAACAAGAUUAUCAUUUCUAUACAAGUAUGGACAUUCGAACCCUCUUAAACCAACUUGCAAUACAUAUGCCGAUAUUGAACAUUUUUUAAAUAUGUUUUCUGUAAUAACUUAAUUAAUAAAAAUAACAUUUCGUGAUUUAUAUUAUUUUUUUUAUCGCGCGAAUAAAUUAACUAAUUAUUAAGUAAUGAAGGACUAAAAAGGGUGAGAGUUACCCUAUUCAUUUGAGUAACAAGAAUCAAUUAGAGAAAAAAACCACGAUUAAUCAUUUUAGAAUGUCAAAAAAUUCAAAACAGUAAAUUAUAAUUUGUCAAAAUGAUCAAUCAAUAUUUAAGACCUGAUGGACUAAAAAAAAAAAAAAGUGCAAACCUUCAAUUAGAAGGAAAAGCAUCAAAGCUUGCUAUUUAACGUCAACCAAAAGUCAAGUCCCCACCAAACCUGUAUUUAUAAAACCAAAAAAAAAAAAAAAAAAACUUCCUUCAUAUUUCUUAAAAUUUUACAAAUGGAGUCGUCACAAGCCAAUCUAACAUGCCAAAAUCUCCCUAGAAUACUCUCCUCUUUUGUUGACACAUUCGUCGAUUUCUCAGCCAGUGGCGGCCUUUUUCUACCACCACCAACCCAUUCAUCAUCAAACAACCAAACAGUAUUCCCUUCUCCAACUCGUUUAAUUGCUAUUGGUGAUCUCCAUGGUGAUUUCCAAAAAACUAAAGAAGCCUUCAAACUUGCUGGUUUAAUUAAUGAAAGUGAUAAAUGGUGUGGUGGGUCAACAACAGUUGUACAAAUAGGUGAUGUAUUAGACCGUGGUGGUGAAGAAUUAAAAAUUCUUUAUUUUCUUGAAAAGUUGAAAAGGGAAGCUUUAAAAGUAAAUGGUAAUGUAAUUACUAUGAAUGGUAAUCAUGAGAUUAUGAAUGUUGAUUUUGAUUUUAGAUAUGUUACUAAAGAGGGUCUUCAAGAGUUUCAAGAUUGGGCUAUGUGGUAUUGUGUUGGUAAUCAUAUGAAAAUGUUGUGUGAUGGUGUUAGUGUUGUUCAAGAUUUGUUUGAUGGGAUACCCUUUGAAUUUCGUGGCGUUAAGCCGGAUGUUUUUGAUGGGAUUAGAACGCGUAUAGCAGCGUUAAGGCCGAAAGGGCCGAUUGCUGAGAGGUUUUUAGCAAAGAAUCAGACGGUUAUUGUGGUUGGUGAUUCGGUGUUUGUGCACGGUGGGCUAUUGGUUAAACAUGUGGAGUAUGGAUUUGAGAAUGUGAAUGAGGAAGUGAAGGAUUGGAUUUGUGGAUUGAAGGGAAGAGUUUCGAGGGAUUUGGUUAGAGGAAGGGAUUCUGUUGUUUGGUUGAGGAAGUUUUCGAAGGAGUUGGAGAAGGAUUGUGAUUGUUCUACUCUUGAACAUGUGCUUGCUACGAUUCCUGGAGCGAAGAGGAUGAUAAUGGGACAUACAAUUCAAGAAAGUGGGAUUAAUGGAGUUUGUGGUAACAAAGCUAUAAGGAUUGAUGUAGGAAUGUCAAAGGGAUGUACUAAUGGAUUGCCUGAGGUUUUAGAGAUUGAUAGGGAUAAAGGAUUGAGAAUUUUGACGUCGAAUCCACUGUAUCAAAAUGGAAAGGAGGGUUCUUUGGAUGCUAAACCUAAGGAUGGUCUUGGUUUGGUGCUCCCUGAACUAGGACCAAAGCAAGUUGAGGUGGAGGCGUAAUUGGGUGAUUGAACUCACAAUGAUCUAAUCUUUUUUUUCGACAUUCUUGGGGAUUGUAUUUCUCCGUUGUUGGUAUGAUUCUUCUAUUGCUCUUAUACUAGACCAUUGUGUGGUGAUGAGAAAAGUAUUGUUUUAAACUGAUGUAUGGUUAAGAUAUUGUGAAUUAUUAGCUAUUAGCUCUAUUGAAAAAUUGGUGUACUGAGAUAUUAGUGAUUACUCAGUUUGCAUUUUUUUA